AUUAUUAGCAUUGAGUAUCUAUGCUUUGCUGGAGUGCCGACGGCCGGUUGUUCCGCUGAAACUACGAACUACUUCUGCCUUUCUUGCUCCACUGAUCUCCUCUAUGGAGGAGGUUGACAAAUGUCAGUUUUAUUAAAGAAUUCCCGGCACCCAUUCCAGAAGGUUAUUUCUGUCUACGUGUAGAUUGUGGUAAGACAGUAUGGCGAGGUUAGAUUCUCCCACCGAAGGGCCAUACCUGCCCCAUGGCAUUGGAUCCAGAUUCUGUGACCUUCGACCUCUAGGAUACGGCAGCAGUGGAACGGUCUUCUCUGCUGUGGACAGCGAGUGUGACAAGAGCGUUGCCAUCAAGCGCAUCUCGCUCGCCGACAAGAAAAGUUGCAAAUCGGCCCUGAGGGAAAUCCGCAUUCUCCGGAAGCUUCAGCACGAGAACAUUGUCAAGAUAUACGACGUGAUCUUCAAUGGCAACUCAGAUAACUCUGAAGAUGAGGAUCACGUCAGUAUCCCGUCUGAGCUGAGGACGCUUUGUAUCGUACAGGAGUUGGUGGAUGCAGAUCUAAGGGUGGUGAUGGAACAACAGCGUAUCAGCAACGAACAUGUCCGGCUAUUUGCAUAUCAGCUUUUACGAGGGUUGAAGUACCUGCACAGUGCCAACGUCUUGCAUAGGGACCUCAAGCCAGAGAAUGUCUUAAUCAAUCAGGAAGAUUUGGUGCUCAAGAUUGGGGAUUUUGGAAUGGCAAGAAUUGUGGAUCCAGACUAUUCACACAAAGGCUACCUCACACAGAACGUGUCCACCCAGUGGUACCGUUCACCGGAGCUGGUUCUCCAACCCACCGACUACACCAAGGCCAUUGACCUCUGGUCUGCUGGCUGCAUCCUGGCAGAGAUGGUCACUGGCAAGCCCCUGUUCCCUGGAGACCAUGACCUGGAACUGAUGAUGCUGGUCCUGGACUCGGUGCAGCUCAACGACAGGGAUCUCAAUGAAAUCCUGUGUACGCUUCCGAGCAAACUGCUGAAGAACUACAACGGCUAUCCUAGACAUCCCCUCAAAGAGGUGCUCUGUAACUUAGACUGUCAUGCUCUUGAUUUACUGCUUGCCAUGCUGACCUUUGACCCUUCAGAGAGAAUCACAGCAGAGGAGGCACUGAGAAGUCCAUAUUUCAAAGUGUACUCAUGCAUCAGGGAUGAAGCCAAAGCAACGCAUCCUUUCCACAUUGAAAAUGAAAUAGACGAUCUACCACCUAUUGUUAUUAAGAAAAUCAUCCUUGAAGAAUGUCUGGAGAGGACAGAUGUUGAUGUCUCGUUCGGUGGUCGUACCGCGAACGUGUGUGAUGAGAGCGAAGACAACUCCAGCAGCAGUAGAGACCUUGUGCAGUCCAGCACCGAGGGAAGUUUGGGCUCAUUCAGUGAUGAAGAGGCGAAGGAAGCUUGCAUAGACAAUGCAUUCUUGAAUAGGAUGGUCAGUGUAGGCAACAACAGGAGUGACGAUAGUGAGAAGAACGAGACGGAAGAGAGCGAGAAGUCGGAUGAUGAGGAGAAGGAGGCUAAGUGGGAGGAUUUCAAGGGGAUGAUGUCCAUGGAUCCCAACAACCUGGAGGAUAGGGAAGAGCGGGAAGGAGAUGCCAUCGAAAAGGGCUCGGUCGAGUCUGACAACGAAGGCAGUGAAAAAUCGGAAGCAGAUGAUCAGAUCAGCGAGAAGCGCAACAAUCAAGAUGAUGAAGAGAAGAGAGGAUCGAAGGAAGAUCUUCUGAUGGAGAAAUUUGAAGAGGAUAACACAGGAGACAACAACAAGAAAGAAGAAGAGAAAACAGAGGAAGGAGCCGUGUCCAAAACAGCGAGGAAAGAGAGCCUUGUGUUUAUGGAUUAUGAGGCAGUAGAGAAAGCCUUUGGGGAUAAGUUGCAGAAGGAAAAGCUGAAUGAACAGCUGUCCAACAGAGAGUUUGAAGAUGGAAGCGUCAGGAAGAAGGAAAGCAGCGAGAACAAAGAGCUAGAUUUAACUGACACCUUAGAUAUCUUAAAGAAACAGGCGAAGAGUAAAGGAAAGACACUGGAUGAUUGUCUAGAGCUUGGCACGCUGAGGCUGAGUGAGACGUCUCCAACCCCGAAGAAUACAGAUGUGGUGCUUGACAAGCAACUUUACGUCCAUAAAGAAUCCAAAGGUAACCAGGAGUUCAAUGACAAGAGUGAAUUUGUUGAGCAAAUAAGGACAGACAACACGUCGGUAUCCAACGAAAGAAUGGGUGAACUUCAAAAAGUGCGAUGCAACACGCAGACUGAGAAGAAACAAGGUAGGCCAAAGAAACCUGAUCUGAAGGAAGUCCUCUAUGUGGACAUCCCCAAGGCUUCUGCUAGUAUCUCACCUAGGAGUUCCCCCAGGGGACCGGGUAAGGAGACGACAACACGCAGGAACAGUUUGUCUCCAAGGGAAAGAAGUGUAAGACCAAAGAAGAAAGAUUGGUUUUACUCAAAGCAUUAACCUUGGUUUUAUGUACGUGUAAUGUACAUGACUGUAGACAUGUAAUAUAGACUACCGGUAUUUCUUUUAUAAAGAACGGUAUUCGUCUCUGAUGUUAUAUUCUCAAUAUUUGUUUAAAGCAUAAGUCAACAUGAAAUAUGAACAAACUCAUGGUGUUCCCGAGACAUGAUUUAAUUAAAGGAUUGUCAAAAGUAUGCUAUUUAAAAUAGGGCUGAAGGUAUGGGUUUCAUCUACAUGUAAAUGCCACCAGUAAAUCAGUUCUUUUUAAACAGUUUCAUUUGAUAAAUAUCUGUACAUCAUUAUAUCCUUCAUGUGAGAGCAUAGAAAAUUUGAGAAAAUUUCCGACAUGGAUUUGCUUUGAUUCAGUGUGGUUUUGGGGGCAGAGCAUGUUUUGCAUUCUCUUUAUACAUUUGAUUUUGUUUUCAAGCAUAUUUUAAUCGAACUUUGGAAGUUACUUAUUCUAGAUAGGAUACAAAGGUACAUGAUUGGGAAUGGUUCUAUCUCAGUUCGUAAAUUGAAGAUGAAAAUUUGAUCUGUAUGUAAUAUACAUGUAGAUAGUAUGAUUCAUUUUCAGGGUUUGGUUUAGUUUCUUUAGAUUCUGUUUGAAUUGUUUAAAAGUAUAACAUUACUUUUCUUGCACCAUGAUAUACCUUUGUUCUCUUUCUCCCCAGUCAAUCUAAGAUUAUGCACAUUAUUUGUGUUGCAUUGUUAAGAAUGUGGGCACUUCAUGUGCUUGUGGACAGCUUACAAUUAACGGUGUGACAUGUGGCUUAAAAUAAUCCACUUAAUAGUCUGCCAGGCAGCUUUCUUAGACUUGGAGUAAACUACUUAAUUAAAAAAUUCAACUGAAAUAUUGAGGUUGGCUGAAAACAAAGUAAAAUAUUCAUAUUUGUGACUAAGGAGAUGACUUUAAUUUCUCUCUCCCCCCCCCCCCCCUCUUUCUCUCUCAUUCCAUUUCUCACUCGAUCUCCCUCUCUCACCAUCUCUCCCUUCCUCUCUCUCCUCAUCACAAUUGUCUCGCUCUCUUUCCCAUUCUUCCUCCUACUUGAUCUCUCUCUCUCUCUCUCUCUCUCUCUCUCUCUCUCCCACGCUGAAUGGAUGCUUUAUUAUGUUUGAAAACAUAUGUAUAUUUGUGUUGCUACAUGUAGGCGAAAACUUUUAUGUACACAAAUAUUGAUGUUUGGCCUGUAUCGAAGUACAUGUACAUCUAACAGUUACAUAGAAACACGGCGUUGGGAAAAUGUAGGUGGGAAAUGCAUUAGGAAGAAAUAAGAGAAUUGUAGUACAUAUACAAUCAUCUUAUAUUUGUAUACUCUAAUUAGAGUACCGGUAGUGUUGAAGAAGCUGCUGA